CGAAGGCGUAUCAUGGAUGCAUGGGCAUCGCAAAGCCAACCGAGUGGUUUCAAAUUGCAAAGGAGAGGAGAGACAUAGACGUUUGUAUCAGGAUAAAGUCAACGCUGGUGGAGACCAGUCUCUGAAGGAUUAGGGACUCGUUGGGGAGGGCUGCCAACGCGCCAAUACAAGAUCAGUUGAGCCUCAUCGUCUGACGUCUGACUUCAAUCACAAAGAUGCAGGAAGGCAGCCCUGGUCGGCGGGGUAGAGCUAGGAUCACGGCCGAGGAGUACAACCACUCACUCAGCAAACUCGUCAGUGCGAAGAGGAGGGUUAAGCCAAGUCGUAAGGCGGCAUUCAUGGCCGCCUUUCCAGUCAAAGCCUCGCCAAGACUCCAUUCUGACGAAGAUGGAGCAUCCGUCCUGCCACUGAAAGAGGCUUCAGUAACUCAUCCUGAGCACAGCAAAACUGCAACAACAGACGAUACAACCAGCAAAACUGAAAUGAAAAGUCCCGUUGAAGUGAGACGGAAAUUGCAGGUGUUUGUUCGAGGUCUCCUCUUACCAAAGACAGUUUGCCUGCAAUUAGAUCCGGAGACAUCCGUAUCUGAUUUAAAGGCAUUGAUUCAAAAUGAAAAUGGCAUCCAGUCUCAAGAUCAACACCUUUACAUCGGGAGAAACUUUCAGCUGUGUGACCUACUCUCCCUUUGUGAUCAUGGAAUACAACAAGACCAGAACAUCGAGCUUCGCAUCGGUGGCUUGUUGGGCGGUGCACCAUUAGAGGAAGAACAGUUGAGAAGCAUAUACUUCUUAAACUUGUCAGGCCGGCUUGGACGACAGUGGAAGACGCUCGCCAUCUAUUUGGGAUUCUUGGAUGAAGAACUCGACGCAUUCGAAUACGGCAGAGAGGAGUUAAAUCAGCAGAGCUUCAAGAUGUUAAAUACCUGGUGGCAGAAACAGGACAACCCCGCAGACGCGGCUGAGAAGCUGAGAGACGCCCUGAAAGAUACGGGCCGUGCUGACUUGGCAUUGCAAGUCAAUGUACAAGGUGUGUACUGUCCUUUGACUGGUUUGGUUAAACUGCAGUGACCCGAGCCAUCUGAUUUAGUUUGCAUCACUGAUUCUUUAGACGUCAAAUAAAAGUAAUACCACAGUGAUUAAAUGCUUUAAAAAGGUUUGGGUUUUUGUAUAAGUUGUUCCUCUUAAGACCCACUUUACACAGGGCUGCGACCUAUGGGCCUCCCUUGUGCGACCAUAAAACUGGCCAGGACGCCGUUGGAGGCUCAAAGGAGGCCGAAUGGUUGCCUAGGUAAUUCAAAGGUACACAGGAUGUUCAGACAUCGCCAUGGACGCCAUGGUCGCCGUAAAUUUUCAAAAAAGUCGGACAAACAUGACCAUUUUUCACUCGAAUGAGCCGUUGCGCCCCUCCCCCCCGGCACGAACCUCUCUGGAUCCGCCACUGAGGUUGGUUGCUCAAAGGUGGCUCAAAUGAGGCAGAAGGGAGGCACAAACAUUGCCGUGGUUGCAGAAUGGAUGCACAAUGGAGGGCUAAUGGUCGCCACGUAAUAGAUCCGUUCUGUUGCAAAUGUUACCGUCAAUCUGGGCGAUAUUUUUGCCACCCUUGUACCUCCUUUGGCCGACCAAUAGCGUGCAUUGAACGUCGACAAGGAAACCCUUGAGCCACCAUUGUUGCAUGUUGCACAGGGGAAGCACAGGGGAGGCAGGCAAGUGGCUCAGUGGACGCACAGGUCGCUCGUGGCUCGACAUGAAAAUGCCUGAAAAUUGCAGUUUUGGUGGUUCAAGGGAGGCACAAGGAUCUCUUGAGCAGUUACAUAGAAACAGGAUUGUCUGGGUUUAGGCGACCAUUGAGCGUCCUGGCCAUGUUGGGGUCGCUCAUAGGUGGUACAAAGGUCGCAGCCCUGUGUCAUUUAAAGGGGCCUAGUGAUUGAAACUUAAACAAAAUCGAAUUCGAUAUUGAAUUGAUAAUUACUGCUGUGCAUAACUUCUGUUCAUGAAGUUGCAACUGCUGAUGGACAAAAACUUAUAUUCCAAAACACACACGAAACUGUGAAGCACACCGUAUGUUAAAACGCUUCGCAGUUAAUAAGCCAAUGUGCUU